AUGAGUGCCACCAAGGCGCAGUCUCAAAAGAUUUUUGAGAAAUUAAAGACAAAGCCGGCGAACAAAUUAUGCUUUGACUGCAACUCCAAAAACCCGACGUGGUCGUCGGUGCCCUUUGGUAUCUACCUGUGUCUGGACUGCUCAUCCCAUCACCGGAACCUCGGUGUCCACAUUUCCUUCGUUCGUUCGACUACUCUAGACCAAUGGCAAUGGGAGCAGCUUCGAAUGAUGAAAAUGGGUGGCAAUGAAUCCGCCACCAAGUUCUUCCAGUCGCACGGAGGCUCGGCGGCUUUGGCGAGCAAAGACCCAAAGGUCAAAUAUGGAUCGAAUGCUGCUACCAAGUAUAAGGAAGAGCUCAAGCGAAGAGCUGCUUUGGAUGCGAAGGAGUUUCCUGGAGAGGUUGUUAUCAACGAUGUCUCUAGUACCCCCGGUGAUGGCGCCGAAACUCCGGCCGGUGAACCCCAGGACGACUUCUUUUCUUCGUGGGAUAAGCCUGCUAUCAAACGUCCAAGCAACCCACCGUCACGAGUCGGGACUCCCUCGAAUGCUAGCCGCACUGCAUCCCCCUUCUUGAACGCAGGCACGAACGCAAAUGGAAUACGACCCAAGUCACCUCUGACGGACGAUAAGGAUGGUUCAUCGCCUCCUCCAACCGCAGUACGGACAGGUAGCGUUGUUCGAAAGGGUCCUACAGGCGCUGGCGCCAAGAAGGGUAGCAUUUUGAGUUCCAAGAAGACGCAAAAGCUGGGCGCCAAAAAAGUAGCAAGUGCCGAUGUCAUUGAUUUUGACGAGGCUGAGCGCAAAGCCAAGGAGGAGGCCGAUCGCAUAGAAAAGCUUGGAUACGACCCAGAGGCCGAAAAAGCCGAGGCGGAAGCUAAGGAAAAGGCAACCGCCACCAAGAUCGCAUCUCCCACUCCUAUCAGCCCUAGCCAGGCUAGCUUUGGCGCCACAAGUAAGGCUCCCGAGAGAAGUUCUGCCGAUGUGGAACGUCUUGGGAUGGGAAUUGGUCGUCUAGGGUUCGGGCAAGUGUCUAAGCCGGCUGUCGCAAAGAAGCCGGGAUUCGGUGCUGUUGCACCCCAACGCUCGGCUGCUGAUGAUGCAGAAUUGGACCAGACGAGGACUCGAUUUGGUACUCAGAAGGGCAUUUCGUCUGACGAAUACUUUGGCCGCGAUAAAUUCGACCCUUCAGCACAAUCCGAAGCCAAGUCCCGCUUGCAAAACUUUGAGGGUGCCAGUGCUAUCUCUAGCAACGCCUAUUUUGGUCGUCAGGAAGAGGAGUAUCCUCCUAUUGACGACGGAUAUGGUGACCUUGAGACCGCCGCCAAGGACUUUGUUCGCCGCUUCGGCGUUACCGCUGGUGAUGAUUUGGAAAACCUGACGCAGGUACUAGGCGAUGGUGCCACUAAAUUGCAAGGCGCCAUCCGUAGCUAUCUGAACAGCUAG